AUGACAGACGGCACUUACAGCCCGCGUGUCGUUUCCGAGAUCGCCUACAUAAGUCCGCCAACCCUUCAGGCACUUGAGGACAAGUGCGUCCAGAGAAACACCUUACUACGCGGCGUAGUCGAUGACAGUCAUUCUUUGUACUCCAGGCCAGAAAGCCCACCCCGACUCUUUGGAAACGGCGGCAAGGAGUCUAGGUUCGACAACGACGAGCCCGAGUUUUUCAUUGGUUGGGACUGCGAUAUCUGGCCUGGAGCCUCCGACGAGAAACCACCUCAAAGGGUUGAAAUAGACCUUGGAGUCGGCGACGAGGACUUCCACUCCGACAACGACGAACUUGGAUACCUGGGGAGGUGGACAUAA